AAGCAUGGAGACCAGAAAGCCAGAAUACCAGCAUUUCAUCCCCCAGUUCCUGCUCAGGAACUUCUCUCACAAGUAUGUGCCCCCCGACAAGGCCAACAGGGGGAAGCCCAAGAAGCGAGGCAAGAAGAACAAGAUGUAUCCUGGAGACGAUGUGAUCAACAGCCUUUCUCUAUCUGACGACUAUCGCAUCGAUGAAUGCCUGGUGAGGCGGGUCUGUGGCGUGGAGAACAUGUACGUGGACACGACAAAGCCGGCUAAAGAACAGGGCAAGCUCGAGAAGAAGUUUGGCGUUCUGGAAAACCGAGCGAGCUGCGUGUAUCGAAAGAUCAUCAAGGCGUACGAAGAGGGCAAGUCGACAAUAUGGUUGAAGAGAAGCGAAAAGGAUAUCCUGCGCAAGUUCAUCUUUUUGCUCACCUAUCGUGGGGAACAAUAUCACCGGAAGUACAACCUCACCAGCCUGCAAGAGUAUGACGACGGCGACAAGGAGCUCCUACAGGAGUACAUGACAAAGCACGGCUUCACCAGGCCCAUUGACGUGUGGCUGCAGAGUCUCGAGACAAUCAUUGACUUUGACAUGGACGCACAAGGGGCUUGGAGGGAGACAAUAUUCGAGAGCAUCUACUCCCCCAUCGCCGACUUCUUCGUCAGUCACAUCUGCGGAAUGUACAUGGCUAUUUGCACACCAACAAAUCCGGACGAAGAGUUUGUCCUCACAGACAAUUGCUACAAUGUGACAGAAGGGCCGACGACAUCUCAUUUCGACGAGACCUCUGGCAAAUAUAUCACGAAGUCUCCUCGCUUUCACAUGUUUGCACCAAUCUCCCCCCGGCUCAUGCUCGUCUUGAGAAACGAAUUUUUGCCCGAGCCGAACGAAGAUGCGAAUCCAGAGGUGAGGGCGCGGCGGGCGGUUGGCAGGCAUUUGAUGAUUGACGCGAUCUACGGCAGUGGAACGAACUCCAUGAUGGAGGAUCUUCCCGUCACAAAAGCAACCAACAACUAUACACAUUUUGAAAACGGUAUGUUGAUGCCCAACGCGGGCUGGAACCGGCGUUUUGGCAUGAACGACGAAUUCUGCUUCAAGUUUACCAAGAUCUCUACGAGCCACUUCCAAAAGAUCAAUGGUCUCUUGAUCGAUCACGCGUUUCAUGGCUCAAGGGUUGUGUUCAACCGGAAAGAUGCAUUCAUUGACCUGGUGGAAUGGUAUCUGACGGAACCCUGCGAGGUGGGCAAGAAUCUCGUGGGCGAACACGCGGCCACGCAGGCGGCGUAUAUUGAAGGGCUCUCGCAAUUCAUGCUACGAGAAGGACGGGCGUUGGAGCCCAAAGUGAAGUUUUGGCCGAGCGAGCAUCGCGAUCUGAGGCAGCACCGCAUUGAAAAUCUUGCUGGAGCGAGGUUCUUGGAAGAAACAAGGCUUGGCGAGACUGACGUAGGGUCUGGGUUUGACGCGAUUUACGAAAGACUAGGCGGAACGAUGGAGACAUAUGAUAUUGACAGGAAUAUGUCCAUGGUAAUGUUUGCAAUAUGGGCGAUGUGCGUCGACUUGGACUGGGAGUCUCCUGAUUAUGGAAAUCUUCGUUCCAACAAGCUGGACUGGCUGUUGGAUAGAUUUUUUCGCCAGCAGCCCUGUGUGAGGUUUUGGAUGUUCCUGAAGCGCAUGAGACUUGCCCAAAGCCGCAGAACUCCGAGCUGGGCACCCCAGGCGAUACAUGACAGAUUGUUCUUCGAGAUUUGCUGCAGCGGACCAGAAGAUAUGCUUGCAUAUUCUUAUCCCAUAACAUCUGACCGCGAGCUCAGUGAAGCCAUGUACAAGAGCUUCAAUAAUAGCAUGGACCUGAUUAGUGGGCCGGGCCGUGGCCUGGAGUCAAUGGGAUACUUUUCCUUAUUUAGUGACCCCAGCUGGAGGAUUCCGACACCCGGGCGUAUCGAUCGUUGGCCGUGGAACCGCGUGAGAGCAAACGAUGGACCUGACCUUGGCGAGGAACCACUGGCCUCGCUAGUUGCUGAUUUAAGAAGGAUGGCAUCAAUCGUCCGUGACAAGGAAAAUGACCAAUCGGUUGAGCCCGAGGUGGAAGAUGUUGACACGAGCGAGCUGGAGGAAGCGGCCCAGUCUGAGCUUUCUCGUGACAAAGCCACCGAGACACCAACCAAGGUUGUUCAAGAAUCUCAGCCAGACGAUCUUGAGGAGACCCAAGAAGUACCUGAUGCGCUUAGGAGGGCAGCGCGGGCUUGGUUCCUUGACAAAGAGGAUGAGACGCCUGCCAAAGAGGUUGAAAAAUCUCAGCAAGUUGACGAUACAGGCGUUCAGGAAACGCCUGAUGCACUUAGGAGGGCAGCGCGGGCUUGGUUCCCUGACAAAGAAGAUGAGAUGCCUGCCAAAGAAGCUGAAGAACCUCAGCCGGUAAACGAGAACGGAGUUCCAAAACCGGCUGAUACCAACGGACAAGUCCACCCAGAGCAACCCCAGAACGAGACACGCCGGGUACCACGCGAAUGGUAUUCCCGCCUGCUGGCGCUACGAGAAGCGUACAGAGAUCUCGACACCAAGACUAAGCUCGAGAUAGCUUGGUUUUCCGGCAUGGCCAUCAUGCUCACAUCUGCUUUUCUCUUUCUGCUUGGAUCAUGCGGUUAUCUACUCAGUUACUUUUGCCAUUCUGCAGCCUGGAUUUUGCGAGGCCUGGCGUGGUUGUUGGAUAUCUGUUUGCCAGUAUACUUGACCCUCGUGAAAGGCAUCAAGGAACUCACUUUCACCUCAUCAGCUUCGCACAAGCAGACAUUCACUCUCAAUCCUGCGAUCUUAACUCCCAUUCAAUCCCUCGGCACAAGCAUUGCACUGCCACAAGACCCAGCGCCACAAUCUGACUUCGCCACACUUUCUUAUUCCGGCAGCCUACCGGCAAAAGCCCCCAACGAAUACGCCAGUUUGGAAAGCGGGUAA